AUGCCCACCCCCAGCCUCCUCCUCGUCCGCAUCCGCCUCCUCGACCCCGCCUUCGCCACCUCUCACGGCUGGGCGACGUGGACAAAACUGCAUUUCGCGGACCUCCUGUCCCUCGGCCCUGCCUCUGUCAACGCCACGUCGCAGUUUCUGAACCUCGCCGCCCCGACUGAGGAAGAAGAGGGCAAGAAGGCGGAGGAAGCGCGGUUUCCGUAUUUCAACAUCAUCGAGGUGGGGGAUUUGGGCGUGUUGACGAGCAAACCGUAUCUGGAGUUGAGCCGGGCGAAGGAUCUGGCGGGGAAAAGGGAGGAGGGGGAGGCGAUGAUUUGGGAUGUGGCGGAUGCGCGGUUUGCGGCGUAUGAGGGGGUUGGGGGGCAGGAGAAGGGUGUUGGGGAUGAGAAGGUUGUUAGAGAGUCGAGUGGGGAGGGAAGGGGAGACGAUGGGGCUGGAGCUGAGAUGGGUGAGUUUACAACGCUGUUACCGUUCCAAGACUCCAGGUCUGAUAUGUCCGGAAGGUACGAAAUACCUCGUCACCGCGGAGAUCUUCACCGAGAUUUCUCCCUCCGACGCCAAGGAAAGCUUUGA